AUGUCAGGAAUAGCAGAGGGAGAUGGGCGAACGGUUCAUCCUCAGCAUCUUGAGCCCAGCGAGUUAGGGACCAAGGAAUACUGGGAAUCAUUCUAUGAUAACUCUCUCAGUCAUUAUCUGUCCUCGAAGCGGGAUGGGAGAAAACGCCGCGAACAGGACAAGAGUUUAGACGAAGAAGAUGAAGAUGAGGAUGAAGACGAAGAAGACGACGACUCAGAUCCUGGAACUUCCUGGUUCACGGAACAUAAUGCUCCCCAGAAAGUGCUCGACUUCAUGACCUCAGACCGGUUCCCGCUCGCACCAGAACAGAUGGAGUCAGACAGACAGCCUACGAUCCUGGACCUGGGGACAGGAAACGGCAGCAUGCUGACUCUACUGCGGGAAGAAGGAGAAUAUACCGGCCCCAUGGUAGGAGUCGACUAUUCACCCAAGAGCGUUGAGCUGGCCAGGCAGUUGACCGAGCGUAUACCCGAAGCACAAGACAUACAGUUCGAGGUAUGGGAUAUCCUCGACCCGAAGCACGAAGAGGAUAUACGCCGUGGUGCGUUCGGGGAGGAUAUCGGCUGGUUUCCAUCCAAGGACGGGGGGUUCGACAUCGUUCUGGAUAAGGGGACGUUUGAUGCCGUUUCGCUAUCUGGCGAGAGGAUAUGCGAGAAGUAUCCUGGCAUCGCGCUGGAGCUGGUCAAGAAGGGAGGCUUUCUCAUCAUCACCAGCUGUAACUGGACGGAAAGCGAGCUGGUGGCUUGGUUUACUGGUGAUAAAGAUGGGUUUACGGUGUAUGAUCGUGUUGAGUAUCCGAAGUUUCGGUUUGGCGGCCAGGAAGGACAGGGAGUAUGUACGAUUUGUUUUCAGAGAAGGGAUAUAUAG